UCAUACGACAUGUAUGCGACCUUGUAUGUGCCGUCUGCUCAUUGUUUACGUGUGUCUUCGUUAAAUUUCAGUGAUAAAGAUUAGAGAGUUUCAGUCUCGCAGCUACAGUGUCUGUCUCUUCCUAUCUCCAUACGCUUAUAUAACGUUUUUAAGUUCACAAAUAGUAGCUAGUUUGUGAAAUAUAGAUAGUACAAAAAAAAAAAGGAGCAAACUGCUUCGUGACGUAAUCUCGUCGCAAUUGUCGUAUUCUUGUCGUAUUCUUCGCUCACAUUAUUUGAUCUUCCGUUGUUGCCCGCUUUAUCAAUGAGCGCAAAGGCCAAAGAGAAUGACAAAAUGUCGAUUUUCCAAGAUAUAUCUACACCAUUUGGUGUACCGCUGCGUGGAAUAUACAAACGAAGUUACGGUCAUACAGUAAUAAAAGACAAAUUGCCAGUGAUAUUGACGAAUAUCAUUGAUCAUCUUUGUAAAGACAAAAAAUCCAUUAUUUCUUUACAUGGUGAGAACGCAGAAAGAGAUAUCAAACAGAUCAUAGGUUUUAUAAGUCAGUUAAAAACUGAAGUAGUUACUAACAAAUCUCUGAGACCUAUGCGCUUAAAUAACAAAGAGGUCGGUAACGAUGCGGAGGAAUGGAAUAAGUAUCUAGAAUAUAGGACACAAGUAGAGGGUGAAGUGCCAAAAUGGUUCAGUACAAUCUGGUUAUAUUGCGAAUGCUAUAUGUAUCGUAUAGUAGCUCAAGAAGUAGGUUUGACGAGCACAUUAGCUAAUUAUGAUGUAUUUGGACCAAUUAAGCAACAUACCUUUUUUUCUGGCAUUAAUUUCAUGAAGACUCUCGCUGUACACGUAAAAAGUAUAUGCGAUAGAAGAGAACAUUCAGAAGCAAAACAGGAUUUUCUGAAACUGUUAAAAUUAAGUUUAUGGGCUAACAGAUAUUGUGAUGGGUCUGUAAGCGCAGGAAUUCCUACAUCCAGCGAGUUCGAUUCCAAUUCGGGUUUUUCUCCGUUCGAUGUAGUAGAGUCUUUGAAUGAAAAUAUAUUAGUAAACGACUGGGAGUCUGUGUGGAACAUCGUAAACAACACAAUAAUGGAAAAUGAUGGUGAUAUUCAUAUAGUGCUUGACAAUUCAGGAUACGAACUUGUCGCCGAUAUGUAUUUAGCAACAUUUCUGAGUUGCCUCGCGCCUAAAUCCAAGAUAACGUUUCACGUAAAAAAAUAUCCAUGGUACGUGAGCGAUGUAACGCCUUACGAUUUUACCUGGACGAUUGAUCAAAUGCGUCGAGUGGACGUGUCGGAGGAUUUAUCAGAAAAUACUAAUUCUGAAAAUAGAACGAUAUUGCAACACUUGGUCGCUAUGUUUAAUAGGCUAUUGUCUUCUGGAAAUUGGAGCGUCAAGGCGGAUAAUUAUUGGACAGGACCAUAUGAUUUUAAAGAAAUGAAAGAGAAAGAGAAAGAUCUAUAUGCUCAAUUGUCGAAUGCGACAUUAGUUAUAUUUAAAGGCGAUUUAAAUUAUAGAAAACUUUUAGGCGAUAUUAAUUUCGAGUACACUACAAGCUUUAAAGACGCAUUGGGAGAUUUUCAACCUACAAAUAUCUUAAGCUUGCGCACCGUGAAAUCAGAUGUUUGUGUUGGAUUGUCACAGGGCGUAGCUGAAUCAUUAUUCGAAAAAGACGAACAUUGGAUGAGAACCGGACAAUAUGGUCUGAUUCAAGCAAUUGUAAUUAAAUAAAUAGAUUUGAUCAUCUCUACGUACUCUUCCUUAAAAAAACGACAAACAACUAAUUGAUUUUAAAACAUUUCCUGCAAAACGAAAUAUAAUUGUAAUAAUUAUAAUGUUAUAUAAAAUUAAAGAGAAAAAAAGA